CAAACAGGUUCUUGUCAGUUGUCUCCCUCAAUUAUAGAGAAAAACCCAACAGACCAACCCAACUAACAUUCAUGGCUUCCUCUCGUUUUCCUCUACUUCUCUCCCUCUUUCUCCUCCUCCUCCUCCAGCCACUCUUCUCCACCGCAAGCCUCAGCCGGAACGCCCUCCUCAGACCAGAGCUCCUCUCCCGGAGCACACCCAUCAAUGCCACUCCACCAACUCUCUUUUUUGAAGUUACCAAACCCAUCCAACUCCCCAACACCAAGCCCUGCUCUUACCUCAUCCUCCAGCAUGACUUCGGCUACACUUAUGGGAAGCCCCCAGUUUUUGCAAACUACACACCCCCCUCGCACUGCGCAUCCAAAAAAUUCUCCAAGAUUGUAUUUGAAUGGAAUGCGACUUGUAAAGGCAGGCAAUUUGACCGCAUCUUUGGCGUUUGGCUUGGUGGGGUUGAGCUUCUUCGCAGCUGCACGGCGGAGCCGAGGGCUACCGGAAUUGUUUGGAGCGUUCAGAAGGACAUUACCAGGUAUUAUUCAUUGCUUAUGAAGAAUCAAACUCUUGCUGUGUUUCUUGGUAAUAUUAUUACCAGUAUUUAUACUGGGGUGUACCACGUGAAUAUCACCAUUCAUUUUUAUCCCGAGUUGAAUUCGGAUAAUUCAUUGUCUGAAUACCAAUCACCGGCUGAUUUGAUCUUACCCAUUUCGCGAAACCAGCCGUUGAAUGAUGGGUUGUGGUUUGAAAUUGAGAAUUCAACGGAUAUUGAGCUGAAGGAAUUCAAGAUUCCUCAAAAUUCUUAUAGGGCUUUGUUGGAGGUCUAUGUUUCAUAUCAUGAGAAUGAUGAGUUUUGGUAUUUGAAUCCUACGAAUGACUAUAUUGAGGCAAAUAAUCUUACUGGCACGCCCGGAAAUGGACCUUUUAGGGAGGUUGUGGUCAGUCUUGAUGGGGAAGUUGUUGGUGCAAUUUGGCCUUUUACUGUGAUCUAUACUGGAGGGGUCAAUCCCCUCUUAUGGAGACCCAUUACUGGCAUUGGAUCAUUCAAUCUACCUUCUUAUAAUAUUGAAAUCACGCCGUUUUUGGGAAAGAUACUUGAUGGAAAGGCCCAUAAGCUUGGAUUUAGUGUGACAAAUGCCUUGAAUGUUUGGUAUGUAGAUGCAAAUUUGCAUCUUUGGUUGGACGGAAAGAGCUCAAAAAUUGAAGGGGAGCUUUUGAAGCACAUUAGCUCACCUGAUGUUGUUUCGGUGGUAUCUGAUUUUAAGGGUUUAAAUGGAACAUUUUUGACUAGUGUAAGCAGGUCCAUAUCAUCAACUGGAUGGUUAAAGUCCUCCCUUGGGAAUAUCACGACCCAUUGGGUUCAAAACUUCAGUUACAGCAAUUCAAUGGUGAUGGGGAACGAUGGGAAUUUGCAGAUUGUGGAUCAAAUCAUCCAUUUCAAUGACAGUGCUCAAGCAAAGAUCCCAUCCUCUUCUGUUUACUCAACGAAAUCACACAAAAAAUACGCCGUUUAUUUAUACUACAACACCUUCGAUCAAGGAAAUGGAACUUCUUUUUCUCUUGAAAAUUUAACAUUGGGAUUUAAUGAGAAUAAUGCUGAGGCUGCUGGUUUCGGAUUAUCAAAGAGCUCUCUCAAAAAUGUGCAGAAUGCACAGGGCUAUAUGGCUGUUAAGGACAACCUGGUAACUAGUGGGUUGGGCAGUACACAACAAGUGUACAAAUAUGAUGGAGGCAAUUUCUGUUACUUUAGAAAUAUAAGCAGCUCAAACUAUACAAUUCUUUAUGAUGAAGUGAGAGACAAAUGCCAUAGAAGAGCACGGACACAUAUUGGUCCUGGGUUAAGCAGAUGGAGGCCUUUCCAUGCCCGAACGGCUUUUCUAGCAUCUGGUCAUAUUGCUUGAUUCUUCUACUGCUUCAUGAAAGGAUUUCUAUCAUACGAAAUCCAGAGAAUUCCUGCUAAUGGGCACUGAAAUAAAAAGUAAGUGUAUUGUAAUCUAUAAUCACUAUGAAGAAAGAUUUCUCUUGUGGAUAUUCUUGUAAAUUGUUAUUAAAUUAUUUGCAUUAGUAGUGAUUCUGCUUUUGUUUUUCAA